AUGGCUUUUGUUCGAGUCGCGUGCUUUAUCUCCAGCCUCACGUACCUGCCCACCAACCUCCUCUCCUGCCUUCAUUCGAUAUUAUCACCUGCAACAUCUGACGUGCUUUCCUUGACGUGCUUUCCUCUGAACGAUAUUACCAAGGUCCUUCUCUUGCACUUCCACGCCUCUGGUGUCUUCGUUGUCCUCGGUGGCUGGCCUCGCAAGUGUCGCAAGCCUCUCGAGUUUGUCAAGUUUCUCCAGUUUCUCCUAGCCAUGCGAGUACGCAUUGAGAGUUGUGACGAACAACGCCAACAUGCGCCGUGGCUUUCAUGCUUUCAACCAAGUUCUCAAGCUCCGAGCAUCGUCAAGUAG